CUCUCAUAAUGCAGCAUGGGCGAAAAUACCAGUCUCGAUAGCUUCAGCUGAGGGAGCAGACCUUUCUAUUGAUAAAAUAAUUUUGCCUGGUCGAACGCAAGUGAUGCCCCAACAAUGCCGAUAGUGGAUAAACUCAAGGAGGCGUUAAAGCCUGGUCGAAAGGAGACGAGUGAUGAGGGUGACCUCAACAAACUGUUGGCCUCUUCAGCCAAGAAGGUCCUUUUGCAAAAAAUAGAGUUUGAGCCUGCCAGCAAGGGUUUCUCCUAUCAACUGGACAGCCUGAAGAACAAAUAUGUGAUCCUCAAUCCCAGAACUGAGGGUGCUAUGGGGCAGAAAGCUCCAGAACCUGCUCAAAUAAAGAGGCAAGUCUCAGAAAAUGUGAUUGGAGGUCAGAGUGAUGGGAUCCCAGCCCCUCAGAAGAUGCUCUUUCCAGGGAACAAGCUUACUCUGAAAUGGGAGCGUGUGUACAGGGUGGGAGCUGGCCUCCACAACCUUGGCAACACCUGUUUCCUCAACUCCACCGUGCAGUGUCUCACCUACACCCCUCCACUUGCCAACUACUUACUCUCAAAGGAGCACAGUCGUGCCUGUCACCAGUCAGGUUUUUGCAUGAUCUGUGUAAUGCAGAACCACAUCAUCCAAGCCUUUGCCAACACAGGCAACGCCAUUAAGCCUGUCUCCUUCAUCAGAGACCUCAAAAAAAUUGCCAGACAUUUUCGCUUCGGGAGCCAAGAGGAUGCCCAUGAGUUUUUGCGCUACACCAUCGAUGCCAUGCAAAAAGCCUGUCUCAACGGCUACCCCAAGCUCGAUAGGCAGACACAAGCCACAACACUGGUCCACCAGAUCUUUGGAGGUUACCUCAGGUCAAGAGUGAAGUGCUCCAUUUGUAAAAGUGUGUCAGAUACAUACGACCCUUACCUGGACAUUGCUGUGGAGAUACGGCAAGCAGCAAACAUAGUGCGAGCCCUGGAGCUGUUUGUUAAACCAGAUGUUUUAAGUGGAGAGAAUGCCUAUAUGUGCGCCAAGUGCAAAAAGAAAGUGCCGGCCACCAAGCGUUUCACCGUCCAUCGAACAUCUAACGUGCUAACCCUUUCAUUGAAGAGGUUUGCCAACUUCAGUGGAGGAAAAAUAACAAAGGAUGUAGGUUACCCAGAAUUCCUGAACAUUCGGCCCUACAUGUCUCAGAGCUCCGGUGACCCUGUUAUGUACGGCCUGUAUGCUGUCCUGGUGCAUUCUGGCUACAGCUGCCAUGCUGGCCACUACUACUGUUACAUAAAGGCGAGUAACGGGCAGUGGUACCAAAUGAAUGAUUCGAUGGUGCACUCGAGUAAUAUCAAAGUGGUCUUGAACCAGCAGGCUUAUGUGCUUUUCUACCUGAGGAUCCCAGAGACAAAGAAGAAUGCAGAUGGGCAAACCACCAAGCAGGGGAUGUUGCAUUCUGGGAAGAAUAGUGCUUCAUCAGAGCAGAUAAAGAGGGCCAACCUGAAUGGACCUCUCUCCUCCCCGCAGGUCACAAAGAAACUUGAGCCUGCACAGCUGCGCAAGAUCCAGUCUAUGGACGGUGGUUUGGGUUUACCCGUUUCCAGGAACGGUGUGAGCACUCAACCACAGCCCAGACUUUGCAACUGGACAUCAUCCUCCAAUGGUUCAUCCAAGCUGCUGGGUGGACCCACGGUUAUCGAGGAACCUUUCAAGAAGGUGAAGAAGCCCUCACCCCAGAGCCAGGUGCAGCCUCGCAGCACCACGCCGACCCCUUCCAAUAACGGGGUCAGCAGGACGGAGGGGGAUAAAAAACAAAGUGGCGAGGGCAGAGGCAUGGCACCUUCUACCUCAUAUAAGUCUUUGUCUGACUCGUCCUCUGCUGACACCACAGACUCAAAGGACUCUGUUGGUCCCAAGAGUGCUCCAGUAGGAGAAACUCCCUCCACUCCUCGGAAAGGCUCCAGUGUCCUGGCUUCUCCAGCCAGGAGCGUGGAGCGCUCUCAGAGCACAGAGGAGCAGAAGACGGCAAAGAUAAAACCACCCGCCAUCAACAACAUCACUUCUGAAACCACCAGCACCAUGUCACCUCCACCUGCCAAGAAACUAGCCCUGUCAGCCAAGAAGGCUCGCAGCCGGAGUCCGAGCAACAUUGAUGUUCUGCCCCAUUCGCCACACCAGCUGUUCAGUGACCCCAUGCAUCAAAAUCAGUUUAAUCCUCUCACUGUUGCUACGCCCACUCCCACUUGCAGAUUCAGCCCAUUCCAUUCAACUAAAGCUCAGUCAUCACCUUCUAUCCACUUCCUACAGCAAUCUCCACAGAAACAGUCCCUUCUCUCCACACUGCAAAAACCAAAUGCCAGCCUUUCUCAUAAAACCAACGGGCUUCACAGCCCAGGCCCAAAGAGUCCCAAGACCUUCCAUACCUUCAGCUCUGCGACUCAAGAGCCAGACUUAGGCUCUUCACCUGAAAAAGUCGGUCAGAAGAAGAAGAAGAAAAAGAAGCGACGGCAUUCUGAGGUGGAAGGCGACACAGAGUCAGUUACACCCUCGGCUCCCUUCACACAGUCCAGCGCCAUGGAGUCGGCAAGUGAGAAGAAGCGCAAGAAGAAAAAGAAAAAACGAAAGAGGGAGAGUGAAGAUGGAGAGAAAAUGAAAGAGAGGGAUUGCGUCCCAUCACAUUUAGACACAUCAAGUCAGGAGGAGGAUUGGUGUCAGGGUGGCUUAUGGAACCUAACAUCUCAUUUAGAUGCCGAACUGUCGAAGCAAAAGCCUCAGUUAUCUGCCACGAGCCCAACGCAGUGCGAAUCAAAUCAGAAAGAACAGGAGAAGGACUCUGCAAAGAAAAAAAGGAAGAAGAAGAAAAAGAAGAAAAAGAUGAUUCAUCUAGAGAAAGCUCCACAGGAAACAUCUGCAUGCUCUGUACCAGAAAAGAAUCCUGAAAUAACGACUGCAGACAUUAGUAAUGAUAGGGGAGAUUUGACAAUAUGUAAAAAGAAAUUAAAAAUGAAAAAGAAGAGGCUAAAAGAAGAAAUGCAACUUCAAGAGGAGAGCAAGCCUGCUGAUAAUGAGCCUGUGACAGCUGACCGACCGUCCAAAAAGAACACCACAGAAAGCAAUAAAACCGGCAAACCAAGCACAGCCCCGGUAGUAGUGUGGGACAGCCAGGUGAAGGACGGCUACAAACGCAGCCAGGUGCCAGCAGCUGAUGGAAGUGCAUUAGGAGAUGCCGUGAGACAUGCAGCUCCUGUAUCCUGGGAUGGAAAAAAGACCAGUGAGGUGGUGGAAGAACUACUCAAGAAUGCCACAGAUAAGGCCUACGGAGCCAACGUUCUCAGUUGGGAUGGUGAAGUCUCUGCUAUUAGCAGAGAUGCCAUUGAAGAUGUUCGUAGUGCCAUGUGUGAUACUGUGAUCGAUGAGUGGGAUGAAGACUUUGACAGGGGAAAGGUAAAGAAAGUGAAGAACUAUAAAAGAGAGAAGUGGCGAAGUGGCAGCAGCAUCUUCCAGAAGAUCCAGGACAGGAAGAACAAGUGGUCAGUAACACCCACAGGGAAGAGAGUUUUUGGAGUUCGACGCUGAGAGUCAAGACUGCUGUUGUGGUCUUUCUGACUUGAAACCAAGACAAUACUGUAUACCACACUUCUGCUUCUUUUCUCUUUUUCCCCAUCACUGUAUUUUUUAUUUACUUCAGUUUCUCAGAAUUAAGAGUAAGAUAUGUGCCAUGAAUUGUACGCUGGCAGUCUGACCAGCAGCGCCUUCAUAUAUGACAUUAAAUUGCAUACUAAAACAGCCUCAUUGACACUGGAUUUGACAUGUUAGAGCUCUGUUUAAUCUGUCACAAUGAGUGACCCAGUUUAUUCGAUAUUUAACCGAAAACCCAUACACAUCCAUGUCAUGUUUACUGUACAUCCUUUAAGCCUUAGUUAUUGCUCUAAAAGCUAUAAUGAAAUAAAAUGCACCAUAACUGUGAGGAGCUUGCCUGAUUCAGAGCAAACUGCUGUAUUUGCAGGCACAAAGGCUUGCAAGUUAGUGCAAAAGUGACCUUUGUUUUUUUUGUUUUUUUAAUUUUUUUAAACCUUCUUAUGUUAUUCUAUACCAAAUUAUAAAAAUCCAAGUUCAUUUAUUCACUAACAUCUAUAUUUUUAAGUUUCAUAAUAUUUUUAUUUUAUACCCUUUUCUUCCCAAUCUUGUUUUCAUCUUACUGCAGCAUCUGUGCCACAUGGCUUUUGUUUAAGGACCAAAUUUUGCCUGCAUAUUGUUGGUAAAAUUGAGGUUUAAUUUGCCACUUUCUGAAUAUGCAUACUUACACAGCAUAAAAAAUGAGUUAGCUUAAAAAUAGACUGCAAUGAAACGGUCUAAUUCAUACAAGCCUUGACACAUGUAUAUUUAUGUGUGAAUGAUUGUUUUCAGAUAGCUCCUAGUGCAAGGUGCAUUUACAGUGUAGAUUUUGGGGUUUUUAAAGGGGAACCGGAACCGGGGAAAUUAUUUUCUACAGUGCAGCUGUUAAACUGAGCAUCACAUCGGUUCUUCUUCACAAGCUUCCAGUCUGGGGAUUGGACCUUUUCUUCAUUCUCUGCAACAAACCUCCCCACAGACUUUUCCCCAGUGUACUGAAAUAAAAAAGGGUUUGAUUUUUACACAUAAGGCACUGUGUCAGAAGGGGACUGCCACACAAUUAUUUCUUUUCCCUGUGUAAUUUAUUUUAUUUUUUUAUCUCUAUGCAAUUUUCUGGCCGUCAUGCUGGUCAUCUAGAAACUGGGCUGAGACUCAGGAACCCAAACCUCCUGUAUUUAAUCUUUACCUGUGUUGAGAUCAAACCCCUGUUGUUUCAUUUCAUUGUUGGCCUUCUACCUGGACUACCAUGUUGCAUCUUGUACAUCUUGUAGAAACUCUUUUAUACCAAGUAUUUUAGGUGUGGGAACCAAGGAAACAUCCGCCACCAACUCUGGAAACAGAUGCUUUGAAAAUCAAAUGUUGUAAGUAACAAACUGCUUUGCCACUGCAGAAGACUGUACAGUCCAUCCUGUGCUACCUGUGUUUCCCUCAAAUGCUGUAAAGAUUUGCCCGUGCAUUUCUUUUCAUUCUAAAGAUGUUGCCUUGAAUUGGCUGUUAAAAAAUUUAGGAUUUAAUGUUAUAAAUAUGUAAUUUAAGGAAUAAAGACAGAUCUUUAAUUUGCUACUAAUACUCAGAUUAGUUAGUGAAUGUUAACUCAAGAAUUUAUCAGAAAAUGUGUUUGGUUUGUGUAUAAGAGAGUUGUUUGUUUUCCCUUCGACACCUUCCCUGUGUCACUAUUGUGUGUACAGUACAAGAGGUUACAGCAGCAAAAAUUCUGUGGGACGUGUUUGUCGGCUGUGAAAACUGACUGUGACUCUGAAGGUGGCACAGAGGAACUCCAACCAGGGCGAAUGGACAGUUCACAUGUUUGCAUUGAUGAUUCUGUAUUUUGCACCACUUUUCUGAACCAGGAAAGAGAGCUUUCAUAAUGAAAGUGGCUCUUACAUUAUAGUUAAUGAAAAAAGGUGCAAUAAAGUUGUGACUUUUGUGA